AGAGAAUAUAUAGGUGUUGUAACAGAGCAAACACUUGCUUUUUUGUUUAAGCAGGAAUGGAGAAGCUGAAGAAACCUACUCAGUUCUUCCUCUUCCUCCUAGUGAUCUCAUCCUUUACUCACUGGGUGCAGUCUACCAAAGAUUCAACAGCCGGAGUGACCAACAGCAUCACAGCAGUAGAUAGGUCAACAGGAGGCAGAGGUGGUGCAGCGACCGGCGGCGGCGGCGGCGGCGGAGGACACAAUAGCGGUGGCGCAGGAAAUACUGCAGGAAUUAAUUCCGACAACACUGGAUCAAGUUCAAGUUCAAGUUCUGGAUCAGGGCAGUCAAAUUUUGGAACCACGAACUCAGACCAACCAAGGAACAAUGAUGACGAUCGCAGCCAUAUUAGAAGCGAUGCUGUAAGGAGCAUCAGUUUCCUCGUCCACUUCAUGAACUUUGCAAUCGUUGGGCUCUCUGUUGUGCUGCUCUCGUACGUUCUUGUCUACUAAUUAAGUAAUUAAUAUAUAAGAUGGUACGUUAUGGUUCUCA